UCACUAAACUAAUACUAAAUAUUUAGUUCACUAGCUUAUAUGUAAAUAAAAUAAAUUAAAUAGUACUUAAUUUUUUGUUACCUACUAGUAAUUAGUUAUUUCACACUUAAUUCCUUCUUUUCCAGUUCGUGAGAUGUUUACCUGGAUGUUAGAUAACACUUAUUAAUUUUUUAAGUUCAAAGAUUUGAAAUCGAAUAUAAAAAAGUAACGUUGAUUAACAUAAUGUCCAACAAUCCUAUAAUUUAUGGAGUUGAAUUUCAGGCCAGAUCGUUAUGUUCCUUGCACGCUGAUGUCGAUCAAGACUGUUUUUUAAUUGGAACUCAAUCAUUGAUCACGUCUAAUAAUCAAGUACAUCUUGUUAAAUUACAAGAAGAGACCAAUACACUUUGUCCUCAAAUAUAUGAGCAUAGCAGUGGUGAAAUAUGGUCAUUAGCUUCUUCUCCAACAGAUAAACGUUUGAUAUCUACUUGUUAUGCUAGUAUUGAACGAGAUUGUGAUAAACGUACAGCUUUAUGGCGACUCCCAGAAGAUGAUGGUCAAUUAGAAAAUGUCAUUACUUUUCCUUCAGAAAAGUAUGGUACUGAUGUUAAGGUGACCACGUUUCAUCCUACAAAUGAUGCAUACAUGUGUUCUGUAAUUGAUAAUAAUUUAGUGAUGUGGGAUGUAAGUGAAAGUGGAGUAAAAAUUGUAUGUACAGCAGUAUUGGAUGGCAAAGGUCAACCAAGGUUUACUACUGGCAAAUGGAAUCCACAAAGUGUCAAUUUACAGUUUGUAACUGCCGAUGAUUGUAAUAUAAAAGCGUGGGAUUUAAGAUCCCAAACUAAAAUUGCAUGGAGUUUAGAUGGAGUUCAUACUCAAAUUAUUAGAGAUUUUGAUUUUAAUCCAAAUCGUCAAUUCUAUAUGGCAACAUGUGGAGAUGAUGGAUAUUCUAAGUUCUGGGAUAUACGUAAUUCCAGCAAACCUUUAAUAUCCCGUGCUGAUCAUUCACAUUGGAUUUGGUCUAUUAGAUAUAACCCAGUACAUGAUGAAUUAAUUGGAACUGCUUCAAGUGAUGGCCAAGUCCUUAUAACACGUUUAGCUGGGAUUUCGUCAUCAGCCAUUGAAAACGAAGACUUAAAAACAAAAAAUUCUAUUGAAGAUAAAAUAGUAGCUACAUGUGAUCAACACGAAGAUUCUAUAACAGUUAAAUCUUAUAUAAUACUUCAUUUAAUCAAAAAAGAAAAAAAAUCUUGUAUUAUAAUAGUAUAUAAAUUGAAAUUAUCGAUUUUUAAUAAAAUAAUAUCACCUUUAUUUAUACAUUCAAUUUAGUCAGUCAUUGCGAGGGAAGUGUAAUUUAUUGGUUUAAUUUUUAUAGGUUAUAUACAUAGGUAUACACAUAUUAGUAUGAAAUUUAAAUUAAACUUAAAAUUGUCACUUUUCUGAAAUUAUCAAUCCAAUUUCCAGUAUAAAUAAAAUAAAAUUAAAGAUAACAUUUAUAAAAUAAAUAGGAGUUAGUAAUCAUAUUUAAUACAGCCCAUACUCUAAAGACUGC